AGAUGAUAACUGCAAAAGAGGAUUUUGUUGUCCCAGCUGAAUGCCACAGUUUAAAAGCAUAAAGACAGAUUAAAGCAAGAAUCUGUGGAUUUAAAUCUGUAAAAAUUUCAGGGUAUUUUUCUGCACUUGCAUUUCAUAUGUAGUCAUAAAUAAAUUUAAAGUGCUAAGAUAUAAAACAGUGCUACUCUUGAAAGAAGACGCAGCAAUUAGUUUUGUUCUGUUAAAGAGCUAAAAAAUAGUGCUCAAGCAUGGCUGCCACCGCUAUCAUGGAGGUGGCAGACAUCACCGUUGUAGUAAUCUACUUCAUCCUGGUGCUAGCAGUCGGUUUCUUCGCCAUGUGGAAAGCCAAGAGCACAGUGAGCGGCUACUUCCUUGCUGGUCGCUCCAUGAACUGGGCGCCUGUUGGAGCAUCUCUAUUCGUCAGCAACAUAGGAAGCCAACAUUUCAUUGGACUAGCUGGAUCAGGUGCUGCUGGCGGGUUAAGCGUGGCUGCAUGGGAAUUAUAUGUAAUUUUUUUGAUCCAGUUGUUAGGCUGGAUAUUUAUCCCCGUGUACAUUCAGUCUGGAGUCUACACCAUGCCGGAGUACCUGUCCAAACGGUUUGGAGGUUACCGACUAAAAGUGUAUUUUGCAGUGUUGUCUCUUGUCCUGUAUGUCUUCACCAAGUUGUCCACAAAUCUUUAUGCCGGAGCGUUGUUCAUUCAGGAGUCCUUUGGGUGGAACCUCUAUCUGUCAAUCAUCAUCCUCAUCACCAUGACAGCUGUACUGACAGUCACUGGAGGUCUGGUCGCUGUCAUCUACACGGAUACGAUUCAGGCAUUCCUCAUGAUCACCGGAGCACUCUGCCUAACAGGCAUCAGCCUCUUCAAAGUGGGAGGACUUGAAGGAGUUUGGACCAAGUACAUGCAGGCUACUCCAAACAUCACUGCCAUCUUGCUGUCUUCACCCAACCUGACAUAUUCUGAAUCCUGUCACUUCCACCUCCAACCAAAGCCAGAUGCUCUGAAGAUAUUUCGAGGACCGAGGGAUCCAGACCUACCUUGGCCCGCUUUCUUAUUGGGCCAGACUCCAGCAUCUAUUUGGUACUGGUGUACAGAUCAGGUGAUUGUACAGCGGGUUUUGGCAGCAAAGAACAUUGCCCAUGCCAAAGGCUCUACACUCAUGGCUGGCUUUCUGAAAAUCCUCCCCAUGUUCAUCAUUGUCAUCCCAGGAAUGAUUUCCAGGAUCUUCUUUGCUGAUGAGUUAGUGUGUAUCAGUCCUGAGCACUGCGUGGAAGUGUGCGGUUCUGCAAGUGGCUGUAGCAACGUGGCUUACCCACGGCUCGUCAUGUCAGUGAUGCCCGUUGGUCUCCGCGGCCUGAUGAUGGCUGUCAUGAUCGCUGCUCUAAUGAGCGACUUGGACUCCAUCUUCAAUUCAGCGAGCACCAUAUUCACGCUGGAUAUUUACAAGAUGCUACGAAAGAAGGCUUCAUCCAGGGAGCAGGUGAUAGUCGGCAGGUUGUUUAUGAUUGUCAUGGUGAUCAUCAGCAUUGCCUGGGUGCCGGUCUUCAUUGAAAUGCAGGGAGGCCAGAUGUUUUAUUACCUCCAAGAAGUAAUACAUAACCUGACUCCACCCAUAGCUGCUCUCUUCCUGCUUGGUGUCCUGUGGCAUCGCUGUAAUGAGACAGGUGCCUUUUGGGGAGGCUUGGUAGGGAUUGUGCUUGGCGCAUUGCGUCUCAUUUUGGCAUUUGUAUACCGCGAGCCUCACUGUAACCAGCCCGAUGAGCGGCCGUCUUUCAUCAAAGAUGUUCAUUUCAUGUAUGUGGCAGCCGUCUUGUUUUGGGUGUCAGCUUUGGUGACUGUUGUUGUGAGUCUCUGCACUCCUCCGCCCAGGAAAGAGCAGAUCAAAACCACAACUCUGUGGGGGUUAAACAAGAGAAAGAGGCUAAAAGAGCAAGAAAAAGAGAAAGCUGGAGGUGAUAUCCUUGCUUUGAAGCCUUUGAAUCAUGAGAUCCUGAAUGGAAACGGUUUGCUUCAUGAAGAAAACUGUCAAGACCUCUCAAACAAGUUCAAAGUUGUUGAGGCCAAUCAUGAAAAUGCUCAAUUAAGCUCAUCAAUUUCUGACCCUGAAACUGUGGAAGAGGGAGAAGGGAGAGAGGUAAGGGAUGAGGAGGAAGAGAAGGGUUGCCUUGGAGGAGGAGGAGUGGAGGGUGGGAGGUGUAUGAGGGCUUUGGAGUGUUUCUGCGGCUUCCAGGAGAAACCGUCUGAAGCUCAGGUCAAAGUCCAAGAACAGGAGAGGAACAUGGAUGAGCUUCUCCAUGAACCUCCACGAAUCAGAAUCAUCCUGAACAUAGGACUGGUUGUGAUUUGCUCUGUCACAAUCUUUAUCCUUAUCUAUUUUUCCUUAUAGGCUCGUAUAAUUCCAAUAUGUAUGUCCGUAAUUUACCAGGAGCAAUGUUCUUCUGGUAUGUUUUAUCUUAAGGUUUAGUUUAAAAGACUGCAUGCAACACUUUGAUGGUAACUGUCAAGGGUUUAGCAUGCUUCCAACAAAGUGGCAUCUCUUAAUAUUCACACAUUGGUGGGGGAUGAUAAGUCUAUUCUAUGCUAGAUUGUCAAAUUAUUCAUUCCAAAUUACAUAUUAAUAAGUUGUAUUUUUCAAUGUGGCUAUUUUUUUUUCAUUAAAGUUUAAUUUGCUGUAAGAUGCUUAAAUAGGUUCAAUGUGGAAGUCAUUUAUGAAGAUGUCUGACAUUUGAUAUUAGCUCUUGCUUCCUGAUUUUCUUGUAUGAUAUGAUUUAUCUUUCUCUACGAUCUAUCACAGAAGUAGUAACUGCUGAACUUGGCACCAUUCUUCACUAUCUUUAUGUCAAACAUGUAGCCAAACAGGCUGUUCUUGUCAACGUAAAGUUCCCAUCGAACAGCUAACCAAAUGCUAUUUGCUUUCACAUAUUUACAUGUGUACUGUAAGGUCAAGAAGCUAAGCAGUGUCUUGUCACAAAUAUCAGUUGGUAUUCACAGUUAACAGUGGUGUUAAAUUUAUGGUCAAAUAAUUUGUUUUGUUGUUGUUCUAGCUUCUGGAUUUACUUGCAUAGUAUGCGAGCCACUUAAUAUGUGCUUGGCUUUUACGCUGUUUUUUAUAGACGUGCAGAUUUUAAGAUCAUUCCUCUCAACUCUAGUAAAGCUGUAUAUAUGCAAUACUUCAAUGGAUAAAAAAUUCAGAAUAGAAAGAGCCAUAAUUGACCUUCAUUGUGGGUCGAGGUGUCCUGUCAGCAGUUGUACAGACGUCUCUGUGGAUUUUUUUUUUUUUAUGCUGCAAUGCCAUGCCUGCAAAAUAAUUUGUGAGAUAACUAUAAGUAACAUAGUCUGUGAUAUAUUUAGUAGUUAUCUUUACAGUUGCAAUUAUUUGCAAUUUAAGAUUUAUUUUAGAAAUUGCACCCGUUUUCAUUUGCAUGUACUGCUAUUUAGUUCUCUACUGGAAAUUUAAAUGUAAGCUAUGAUAAAAUACAGCUCAAGAGGCUUUCUAGAAAAAAAAUGACAGUAAAACCUUUUGCCUCAAAGCAGAUGACCUGAAGCAAGGACACAAAAUGUCACAGCAGGUCAUUGUAUGCAAAGCAGACUUCACAUUCUCCAGUAAAGGCACCACAACAAGU